AUGAAUUCAACAAUCAGUGCAACAAACUUCUCUGGUGGACGAUUCCAGUUACGUCUGCUUCAAGAUGGAAAUCUUCUUCUUAAUACUCGAAAUAUACUUUCAGGUAAUCCUUUAGUUGAUUACUAUCGUAGUGGUACUAGCGCUCACUCCAACUCAACAAAUUCUAGCGAACGAGUGAUCUUUGAUGCAAUGGGAUACAUGUAUAUUUUGAGAAGAAAUGGCGAAAGGUUGUAUCUUACUCAAAGAGGCUCAGUUCCUUCUGGAGAUUAUUAUCACAGAGCUACUCUCGAUUCUGAUGGGGUCUUUAGACAAUACUACUACCCUAAGAAUUCCACUGGCAAUGCAAGCUGGGAAGUUGUAUUGUAUAUACCAGAUAACAUAUGUGAGGACAUCCGUGGGAAUAUAGAUAGUGGAGCUUAUUUUACUCCAAGCUGUUAUCAUGAAGGUAAGUCUAAUAAUGGAGGAGAUGUGCUUGGUUUCAUCGAGCUGAAUAAUACUGAUUGGGUAUUUUCAGACCAUGGAAACUUGGAUCCAAGUAGUGAACAGACCUGCAAAAGUAUCUGCUUGGAAGAUUGUUUUUGUGCUGUUGCAAUAUACAGGGACGCCAAAUGCUGGAAGAAGAGACUUCCACUCUCUAACGAGAUUAUGAGUGCUACAGAUAACAUGAAGGCGUUCGUGAAAUACUGGAUAGCUGAUGGGCCUUUUCAAAACCCUCAUCGGCCCCCUAGAGAAAGAAAAGAUAAAAUAAGUUUGAUACUUGUGGUAUCGGUCCUUUUAGGUAUGUCUGUGUUUGUAAUCUUUGUAUUGAUUGGUGUGAUUUGUGUGGGUUUUCUUGUAAUCUACAAAAAGAAGCCCAGAAACACAUAUCCAAUUCGUAAAGCAGUUGAAUCUAAUCUGCCUCACUUUACAUAUCAAGAACUAGUUGAAGCUACCUAUGGGUUCAAGGAUGAAUUGGGAAAGGGGGCUUUCGGGAUAGUCUAUAAAGAGAUAGUUUCAUGCCGAAAGAGCUUGGCUUUUGAGACUGAUGACAAAGGGGUGAUGGUUUUAACUAAUCUUGCAUGGGAUUGCUAUCAAGAAGGUCGACUGGAUGCAUUUGUUGAGAAUGAUUUGGAGGCGUUAAAUAACCACAAAAAACUUGCAACAUUUGUGAUGGUUGGUCUUUGGUGUGUACAAGAAAACUCGUCAUUGAGGCCUACCAUGAGGAAGGUCAUCCAGAUGCUUGACGGAGUAAUUGACGUGGCCAAACCUCCAUGUCCAUGCUCUUUCUUACCAGUUAUUGAUCUCUAG